AUGACGAGGAGACCGCUUAUCCCCUCGGAGCGGCGACCCUACGGCGGGACGUCUACAUGGAUGACGUCCUCACCGGCGCCGUACAAGGAAGCGAAAGAGAUUCAACGGCAGCUGGCACGCAUCUGCUCGGCGGGCGGAUUCCCUCUGAAGAAGUGGUCGGCGAACGAUGCCGUCCUUCUGGAGGAAAUCCCGCCAGCCGACCGGCUGACAUCAUCCUCUCUUUCGUGGCUACCUCUCGAAAGCCAUCCUACUCUCGGGUUGCAAUGGCACCCGAUCUCAGAUCACUUUACCUUCUUAUUUAGUGAAGUUUCAGAGUCAGCUCCCACGAAGCGCUCCGUUCUUUCUCAGACUGCCCGGAUGUUUGAUCCGCUUGGAUGGUUGGCUCCCGCCGUGGUCAGAGCCAAGAUUCAUAUUCAGACAACGUGGCUUCAGGGUCUUGACUGGGAUGACCCGUUGGCUGACGCGGACGCCACUGCUUGGAGAGCGUUUCAGUCCGAGCUCCACCUGCUGCGGCGGAUUCGCGUUCCGAGGUGGCUGCGGUGCUCCUCCGAUCAUGUCCAGCUGGAGCUCCACGGGUUUGCUGACGCUUCCGAGCGGGCGUACGCGGCGGUCGCCUAUCUUUGCGUACGAUCUGCUAAGGAGAGCACCAGCUCAAUUAUCAUAGCCAAGACUAGGGUGGCGCCUCUGAAGCAGGUCUCGCUGCCUCGUCUGGAGCUUGCCAGUGCUGCUUUGCUGGCGCGCCUGGUCUCACAUGUGCAGUCCGCGCUGAGUCUGCAGAGUGUGCCGGUCUUCCUCUGGUCCGACUCUACCGUGACCUUGAGUUGGAUCCAGGGACACCCGUCUCGCUGGACGACGUACGUGGCUAAUCGUGUGGCGGAAAUCCAGCGAACGGUCCCGGGGGCUCAUUGGCGACAUGUGCCGGGCUGCGACAAUCCGGCCGAUUGCGCUUCCAGGGGAGUGCGGCCGGGCGAGCUCGUGGCUCACCCGCUGUGGUGGUCGGGCCCUGGCUGGCUAACGAAGGAGAUGACUGAGUGGCCUCCCUCCGCCUUCCUUGUGGACCGGGAGCUGCCCGAGGUGCGCAUUCGGUCCCAUCACAUGGAGGUCGAUCCUGAGGAGCCGACUUGGGUGACCCGAUUCUCCGGGCUGAAUCGACUGAUCCGCGUCGCUGCCUGGUGUCGACGGUGGCUAGGCGGCGUUCGGUCGGCUGUUGGAGGUGGAGGAGCGUCCCUUAACGUGGACGAGCUGGUGGCUGCUCGCCUGUCACUGAUACGGCUAACGCAGUCGGUCUGGUGGGAGAGGCGGCUGGUCGCGGUCGAGCAUGGUCAGGCGCUGCCGAGGGGGAGCUCUCUGGUCAAGCUGAGCCCGUUCCUGGACGAUCAGGGAAUUCUGCGAGUGGGAGGACGAUUGCGGCACUCGCUGUUGUCUUACGACGAGAAGCAUCCCGUGAUUCUACCGAGGAGGGCUCAUCUGACGCGGCUCGUUAUUGAGGACUGCCACCGCGCGGCGCUGCAUGGUGGAACUCAGGCGACCUUGGGCCUGAUCCGACAGCGGUACUGGAUCCCUGGGGGGAGAGCAGCAGUUAAGGCCGUCAUCCACCAUUGUCUGCCCUGUGUGCGAUGGUGGGCGGCAACGCUGACGCAGAGAAUGGCCGAUCUCCCGCGACCUCGCGUGGUUCCAUCUCGAACCUUCCUACACGCAGAAGUCGACUACGCGGGGCCAGUCAUGCUGCGGACAAGCCGGGGGCGGGGGCAUAAGGCGUACAAGGCCUUCGUAGCCGUGUUCGUCUGCCUGAGCUCUCGCGCCGUUCAUCUGGAAGUCGUUUCCGACUACUCGUCAGAGGCGUUCCUCGCGGCCUUGAAACGCUUUACUUCUCGUCGGGGACUGUGCCAUACCCUGUACUCUGAUUGCGGUACUAAUUUUAUAGGUGCCGAUCGUCAAUUGCGCGACCUCUUUGCAGACAGCACCGUGGAGGGUAGGCGAGUGACUGACGGUUUGAGCAAUCAGGGAAUACAGUAG